UAUUCUCGUUAUCGAUAACAGCCAGUAUUGUUUUUGUCAACAACCAAACAAGCCAAAAUUUUUUCGUGAAUAACCGCGAAUCCCCGAGAGAAUCGCCACCCAAAUGGGACACCCGCCAUAACUAGGAGAGGUCAGAGGUCGGCAGACAGCGAAUAGGGCACGAAGGCGAGGCGCGAAUAAAGCUGGAACCCAAAGAGAACUCCGCAAGUGGCCAUUAAUUGGAUUAGCAGCGCAGAACAACGUCGAAAAAGCGGGAACAAGAGCCAUUAAGGUCUGGCCCAGCAACGUGACCAUAGCCAGACGAUCCCGAUCCCCGGAAAAGCCCAGCACAGGAGCCGGAUCCUCUCGAGGAGCACAAUUUGCCCUGACAACGCAGCCAGCGGCACAGCAGCAGAAAUCCCUGGACAGCAUCGGCCAGGCGAACGGAACCAGUGGAACAAGUGGCCCCAGCGACUCUGGCCCAUCGGUUAUGCCCAACGCGUGCCCUGGUACGCGGGUGGGGAACUGGGACUGGGUCACAGCCUGCAGGCGAGGGUCGACACACUGAGGCUGACGUACGGCCACCGCCCACGGCAGCUGGCGCUGGCCAUGUCCCUGCUGGCCUACGGCGAACCAGCGCAGUCCAGCGACACGGACAGCACGGCAGCGGAGGCGGAGGCGGACGUCCUGGUGGAUUUCACGGCCAUGCUGCAGCGGCAAAGGCAGGGCGAUUGCGGCGGUUGGUUCGGAUGCGACAGCAAGAUGCAGUCGGCGCAAUCCGAUCAGGGCUACUACCUGGAGCAGUAUGUGCUGGGCGUGCUCGACUUCAGCUCACAGUAUGGCAUCGAUUACAGCAUUUCGUAUACGGCAACAAAUGUGAUUGGCAGGCCCACGAAAUUCCCUGCCUAUGGCGACUAUCCAGAGACCUUUCCCAUGCGCACCUAUGGCGACUGGUGGCAGCGGGCGCCGUCCGCCACGCGUGAGAUUCAACCCCAGAAUCUGCCGAAGCUGGAGACACACGACUAUGUUGUGGUAUAUUUCGAGGAGUUUGUGGUGCCCACCGAAGUGGCCAUCUUUGAGACCUUCAAUCCGGGCGCCGUUGUCCGCAUUUGGGCGUACGGCCUGACCAAACACUGGACCUGCCUGUGGGAGGCCACGGAAAGCGAUCUAGCACGGCCGCCCUUGGACUCGCGUCGCUUUGCGCCAGCACUGAAGAAGACCACGAUGGUAACGAAAACGCUGCGUAUCGACUUCAAUCACAGCCGACUCAAUUACUACACGGAAAUCGAUGCCAUCAUGCUGUGCGGACGAACCGUAUCCAAAACGCAAAACCUACUGGCCAAGCAGCAGAGGACACAGCAGAGCCGGACGCUGCUGUCGCCGCCGCCAGAGGUUAAGGACUCGCCGCCAAGCGACGGCAGUGGCGGACCAAUAAGCUAUAAGCUGCGCACCCUAAAGUUCCAGCCGAAUUGCGGCGAAGACGGUGCCAGCAAGCUGCACGAGUUCAUCAACAACGAUCUAAGCCAGUUCCUGGCGGACAAUUGCGUGGAUGGCGGGGAGAGGCCGCCACAAAUCUGUCUCACGGAUCUGCCAUUCGAGAUCCUUUUGCGCAUACUCAGCUACCUGGACCUGAAGUCCCUGUUCCGCGUGGGCCAAGUGUCGCGCACCUUCUACGACAUCUCCACGCAUCCGCUGCUCUACGCCGAGAUCAGCCUGAAGUCCUACUGGCAUGUGGCCAGCUCGGAGCUGUUGUGCACCCUGGCGCGCCGGGCCACCAUGUUGCGCAAGCUGGAUCUGUCGUGGUGUGGCGGCUUCGGCAAUGUCUCGCCCACCGAAUUCAAGAAAUUCCUCACCCAGCGCGGCGAUAAUCUCACCCACCUGCGGCUGAACUCCUGCAAGUUUCUCAAUGCCAGCUGCAUUGAGAACGUGGGCAUAGUCUGUGAUAACCUGAUAGAGUUGAGCCUGCGCAACUGUGCCACUGAUCCGCCGCUGCUAAAUUUCUCCUGUCUGGCCAAUCUGAAGAACCUGGAGCGUCUCGAUCUCUUCCAAACGUACUUCGAAACGGAACUGCUGCUCAGCAUGCUCGAGGGCAACCGCAAGCUAAAGCACCUGAACCUUGCAUUCUGUGGUGUCUCGGUGAACAUGGACAAUGUGGCCGCCCAUUUGGCCACGUACAACACGCAGUUGAUCUCGCUGGAUCUGUGGAAGGCGCACUUUCUGUCGGCCAGAGGAUUGCAAUCGCUGGCGCGUCUCCAUCAGUUGGAGGAGCUGGACUUGGGCUGGUGCUUGAGGGAGGCAUCGCUCGGAGAUGGCCUGUUCCAGCUGCUGUCCAACUGCCCCAAGCUGAAGAAGCUCUUCUUGUCGGCGGUGCGAGGAACCACCGAACGCGAUCUCAUGCAUAUUGCCGCCCUGGGCAAGAAUCUGGAGCAGCUGGACCUCAUGGGCAUUCUGAACAUAACGCACGAGCGCGUUUACGACAUUCUGGUUCACUGCCCCAAGCUCCAAUUGCUGGACCUGAGUUUCUGCGACAACAUCAUGGAUCGGGAUUUCGAUGUGCUGGCGGAUUGGUCGCGACAAUUCAACGUGGACAUGAAGAGCAGUCGACGUUGAGCCGCAAAUGGCGAGACCGGAAGUGGGGCAAUCCUGUCCUGGUAGCUACCCUAAUUAUGCCUAGUGCAAUACAAAGUGUACUUUUAGAUCCCACACUCUCCUUCUUCGUUUAUAGUAAAGUGUUAUAUAUACAUAUGUAUGCUGUUAUGAAUGUGAAACCUUUGAUAUUAAACUUGGCGAUUUUUUAAUCACUUCAACUAAUGCUUA